AUGUAUGAUAGUGUCCCUCUGCUCGCUCGACCCCCACCAACCGCUUCUCCGUCACGAAUAAAGCAUCUGAACACGCGCGAGGAAGAAGACGAAGAAGAAGAAGAAGACGAAGACGAAGAGGAGGACGAAGCAUCAAAAUCUCCAUUUCUCCAUGAAUCGAUUACACCUCCUCCCCUCCUCCUCCUCCUCCUCAUCUCUCUCCACGCGCCCGCGAUUUCCCGCCAUACCCUGGAAUGUUGUCUCCGAAUCCCAAAGACGGGGCCGAUCCCCGCCGCGGAGCUCCUCGGAGUCGUUGAAGCUGCCGCGAGGACCGGCGCCGAGGUUGUGAUGGAAGCUGUUAAUAAGCCUCGAAAUAUUAGUUACAAGGGCCUUACCGACUUGGUGACUGACACAGAUAAAAUGAGUGAAUCAGCCAUCCUAGAAGUUGUGAGAAAGAAUUUUAAAGGCCACCUAAUUCUUGGGGAGGAAGGUGGCCUUAUUGGGGAUUCCUUGUCGGAUUAUCUCUGGUGCAUUGAUCCGUUAGAUGGAACGACAAAUUUUGCACACGGUUACCCCAGCUUUGCUGUAUCAGUCGGUGUUCUUUUCCGUGGAAAGCCUGCUGCUGCAUCUGUGGUCGAGUUUUUGGGUGGUCAUAUGUGUUGGAAUACUCGCACAUUUGCUGCAUCAUCAGGUGGUGGAGCCUUUUGUAAUGGCCAGAAGAUUCAUGUUAGUCAGACCGAUCAGGUGGAACGAUCUCUUCUGGUAACUGGUUUCGGAUAUGAACAUGAUGAUCCAUGGACGACCAACAUGAACUUAUUCAAGGAAUUUACUGAUAUUAGCAGGGGUGUGAGAAGGCUAGGUGCUGCCGCAGUCGACAUGUCUCAUGUCGCUCUAGGAAUUGUCGAGGCCUACUGGGAGUACCGUCUAAAGCCAUGGGACAUGGCAGCUGGUGUGCUGAUAGUUGAAGAAGCAGGUGGAGUGGUCACGCGCAUGGAUGGUGGAAAGUUUACGGUCUUUGAUCGCUCCGUCUUGGUUUCCAACGGCGCCAUUCAUGAGAAGCUUCUGGAGAGGAUCGGCCCUGCCACUGAAGAAUUGAAAAAGAAAGGAAUCGAUUUCUCUUUAUGGUUCAAGCCCGAGAACUACCCUACAGAUUUCUGAGUUUGCAUGAUCAGCGUAACAUUCAGUUUCCCUCGGUGCCGACAGUGGUGGCAGAAUCUUUGCCUCGAAUAACUGUUGAUUUUUACCGUGAAUUUUCACACGGGUAUUUAUGGCUGUAUGCAUCAGCUAUCCUCAUUUGGAAAGAGUUUGGGGAUCAAACAACCGGAAAAGGAAAAGGAAAAAAAGAAGUGAUGUGUAAUCAGAUUGGAUUCAUCUACUCCCAUAAUUUUGAUAUCUUCUCUGAUUAGAUCACUGCUCGAUUUAUGGGCUUUUUUGUGUUUUUUUGCCGAAAAAUUGCAGUAGCGUAAUUAAACUUCAAGUAUAGUUUCAAUUUUUCCCCUCAAUCUUGUUACAAUUGUGUUGGUCUUUU